UUUUUUUUUCUUUCCUUUAUUAUGACAUCUGCAAACUAUAUUGCUUGGGGUACUUCAUUUAGCCACAAGUUGAAAUCUGUGUAUUAAUAAGUGUGGCGCCGACUUGAAUUAUAAAUCACCAUUUAAGGAUUGUCAGGAAAAAGGGAGAUUAUAAAAUACGUUACAGAUAUAACAAGCGCUUUUUCAGUCAUUGUUAUUUUUUUUUCUUUCUUUUUCUUCCCUUUUUUCAUAACUUUACGAUAUAUUAUUGUAUUAUAAGCAGAGACUUGCUUGUCAAUUGCUUCUAAAGUUACCUAUUAUGCUCAAUGGAAGAAAGGUGUCCUAAUCAACAUAAAGACCAAAGACAAACAUACGAAUCACCUGUGACAUCUUCUUCUGAAUCCUCGCCUAUGAAUACCAUGAUUCAUCCAUUCAAUUUACCAGCUGGCCAUUGGCGGCAUCCUUAUUCGUCUAAACCAUUUCCAUUAUAUGACCAACAUGAUCUAUACACCAAAGCUUAUACCAGUUACCCACAGUCUUAUCACUAUGGAGAGUCGUUCUAUUCAGGAUAUCAUACAGCCAACCACUCUCCCUGGGCUGAGACGGCCGAACCUUCAUCGUCAACAUCAUAUUUCGACAGAAACGCUUCUAGCUACUCGUCUGCAGAAAUCUACCCCUCAACUCAGGCGCAGCGCGUCUCUUCUAUUUAUCCUGAUAUAGUGUCUGGGGUGAACAAUGAAAAUCGAUCACAGCCCACUCAUCAGGUCACAAGUAAACAACAAGGGCCAAGCGAUACAAAGGGUAACAGCGUUCAGGGACACAAAAUACCAGAAGUGGAGCAGCUACAGGAAGAGAUUUCGUUUUUAAGUGAUGAGAUUACAAUUGUACUGAUCGUGCUUGACUCUUUACGAAACGCAUUCUUAGCCGAUAACGCGUUCACAGCAACUCCUUCAUCGCUCGCCCGAGACAAUCGACCGAUGCUCAAGACCCUUAACUUUACCAAAAACGAUAGAGCUAGCUUAAAGCAAACCACUUAUAUCACGGACAACGAUAACAACAUAAAAGGAAAUGCGCUAGACAUAGUCGAUAAUCCCGAAGUCGAAAAGGAGAUCAGGAUCGCCUAUGAUGACCUUGUGAUGCAAGUAAAGCAAUUGGAAAGAAAGAUCGAUACAUUGGAAAAGAAGAGUAGGGUGAUGAUGACCGAAAACAGGAAAAGAAGACUCGGUACAUCACAUGCGGACACAUAUGUAAGUCAAAGGCAACAUCCAUCAUCAAGUAAAGCAAAAAAAAAGCAAAAAAGAUCAUAGAUACUUCAUCACCAACUCCAUGGAAAUAUACAUCAAGCCCAUAUGCUCACUUUAUGCACACCUCCUUAGUUUCUAUAGUUUCUAUAUGUUUAUGUAAUAUCUGUAUAUGAUUAAUAAUUGUAUAUGAAAAUAAAAAGUCUGAUUUCCUCAUUUGGUAAUUCUAUCUUCGGUCCUUUUCGCGCAAUAAUAUAGUAGAAUUACUAGAGUUAUAUGAAAUGAAGGGG